UGGAAGGAAAAGGCUCUCCUGACUCUCUGGACUUCAAGGAUAUCAUUGUAUUGUAUUGGAUGAGUUUAAACUAGGCAAGACUUCUUUCUAAAAUACUUCGAGAAAGGUGUCCCUUGUGUCUCCAGCAYAAUGUGUUUCCAUGCCUUCUCUUCUGUACCUGUGAUGGAGGAGUGAGUUGAUGUUCAUCUGCCCGCUGUUUCAAGAUGUGCAUUUGAGCGUGCCUGAGGGAAGAGGAACACAAGAGAGGAGAGACAAUUGAACAUCACCAUUGGCCGARACCUGAAAAAAUGGUCCUGGAUGAACACAGGAUUAGAACUUAAUUGUAAAAGGGAAAGAAAGUCUUGACAGGCGAUCUGCUUCRUUUUCACAUUCAUCAUGGCACAAAUCCUCUGGCUGGCCGGUUGAUGGGACUGUCCAACACUUCUGCUUAGGUUCAGUGCAGAUCCCUUCUGCCUACACAUCGAAAGACCUGGGAACAGGUGGGAACUGGAUGGUGCCAAAUACAGGAAUGGAAAGAGAAAUGGACUCUGAGGAGCUAAGAUGGAAGUGACUUGACAGCAACAAGCUCAGCAGUUGUCUCCAGUAAGGACAGGUUGAGACGGGAAUCUCAAGCUUCGCUGGAAGAGCAGUAUGCAGGAAGCUGGUUUUCAGGCCACAAAUGCUUUCACAGAGUGCAAAUUCACCUGCGCCAGUGGUAAAUGCUUGUAUCUUGGUUCACUGAUUUGUAACCAACAGAAUGACUGUGGGGAUAACAGUGAUGAAGAGAACUGCCUGCUUGUAACAGAGCAUCCACCCCCAGGCAUCUUUAGCUCUGAACUGGAGUUUGUUCAAAUCAUCAUUAUAAUCGUGGUUAUAACUGUUAUGGUGGUAGUGAUYAUCUGCUUGUUGAACCAUUACAAACUCUCGACACGCUCCUUUAUCAAYCGACAGAGCCAAAGCAGAAGACAGGAAGAAACUCUGCAGACGGAGGGGUGCUUGUGGCCUUCAGAAAGCUCGGUUUCGCGCCAGGGUGCUUCAGAGAUCAUGUACGCCCCAAGGUCCAGGGACAGGUUCACCACCCCGUCUUUCAUGCAGCGGGACCGUUUCAGUCGCUUCCAGCCCACCUACCCUUACAUGCAGCAUGAGAUCGACCUUCCUCCGACCAUCUCCCUCUCGGACGGGGAAGAGCCGCCGCCGUACCAGGGCCCGUGCACCCUGCAGCUCCGGGACCCCGAGCAGCAGAUGGAGCUCAACCGGGAAUCCGUCAGGGCGCCGCCCAACCGAACCAUUUUUGAUAGCGACUUGAUAGACAUCUCGAUGUACAAUGGGGGUCCCUGCCCACCCAGCAGCAAUUCGGGCAUAAGUGCAACCAACUAUAGCAGUAAUGGAAGGAUGGAAGGACCACCCCCGACGUACAGCGAGGUCAUGGGGCAUUACCCCGGCUCCUCUUUUUUCCAUCACCAGCACAGCAACAUGCCUCCUUCCUCGCAGAGGGGGAGCAGACUUCAGUUUCAGCAGAACAAUUCAGAGAGCACAAUAGUCCCCAGCAAAGGCCAAGACCGGAAACCRGGAAACCUGGUGUAAGUUACUCGCCCAGGUGCGUUUGGACUGAAGACGGGAGAUCCAGGCAGGACGGUGGAGGAAGACCCCCGUGCUCCGGUGCACAGUGUUGUUACGUUUCACGUGGUACAACUGAGUAAAACCAAACGUGCAAACCA